AUGAUAACUAAAUUUUGUUUUUUUAAUGUAAUUUCCUUUCUCCAUUCUUUCGAAAUAGUGUCUGUUUUUUUUGGUCGAGAGAAGUUUGAGAACAUCGAGGUGGACAGCGAUGAGUCUCCGGAACUCUUCAAAGCUCAACUUUUUGCAUUAUCAGGAGUGGCGCCCGAAAGACAAAAAAUCAUGUUCAAGGGAUCUGUUCUUAAGGAUAAAGACUGGGGAAACUUCAAACUAAAAAGUGGAAUUACUUUGCUUAUGAUGGGAUCUGUUGGAGAACUGCCACAAGCUCCUGCGGAAAAGACUGUUUUUGUGGAAGACAUGACAGAGGCACAGCUGGCAUCAGCCUAUGAAAUGCCUACUGGACUACAAAACCUUGGUAACACAUGUUACAUGAAUGCCACUGUGCAGUGCCUCCGUAAUGUUCCUGAGCUGAAGGAUGCGCUUGCAAAAUACAAUAGCUUUUUUUUUCCAACCGAUUCCGCACAUUCCAUUACAGUGGCACUCAGAGAUCUUUACAAGAUCAUGGAUAAAACACCAGAUUCUCUGCCGCCAAUUAUAUUUCUACAGAUACUGCACAGUGUGUUUUUUUUUUUUGCAGAGAAAACAGAACAAGGAAUAUACAUGCAACAGGAUGCAAAUGAAUGCUGGACACAAAUAAUUCGCAUGCUACAGCAGAAGAUACCAGCCAUCAAACCCGAUGAAAAUUUUUUUUACUCUGGAGCUGGUGCAGCUGCAGCAAAAGGAUUUAUUGAUUUUUUUUUUGGUGAGAGAAGCGUUCAGGACAGUAUGAAGUGUAAUGAAGCACCGGAGGAGCUUUUUUUAAAGUCCAAGGAAACACUGUUUCAGUUGAGUUGUUUCAUUUCACAAGAUGUGAAAUACAUGCAUACGGGUUUAAAAAGUCGUCUUGAAGAAACUAUUGAAAAACGUUCACCAACACUUGGUCGUGAUGCAGUGUACACAAAAACCUCGAAGUUGAGUCGACUCCCUGCGUACCUGACUGUCCAGUUUGUUAGGUUUUAUUUCAAAGAGAAGGAUGCAAUUAAUGCCUUUUUUUUCAAGGAUGUGAAGUUCCCAAUGUCGCUUGACGUGUUUGAACUAUGCACUGAAGAACUUCAACAAAAGUUGUUGCCAGUCCGAAAAAAGUUCAAAGAACUCGAGGACAAGAAAGUUGAAGAAGCUGCGAAUCGUAAAAAGGAUUUUUUUCAACCGAUGGAUGUGGACAAGAAAACAAAACUGGAGCCAUUUUCAUUCCCUGAUGAUUUCACUCAAAGCAAAUUUCUUUUCCCUGAUUUUUUUGGUUCAAACAACAGCGGUUAUUACGAACUAACAGCAGUGCUGACUCACCAAGGGAGAUCUUCUUCAUCUGGACACUAUCUGGCUUGGGUUUUUUUUAAAGGAGAUGACUGGGUGAAGUGUGUUUUUUUUAACAUGUCAAACGUCACAACUGAAGACAUUAUCAAACUGUUUUUUUUUGGUAAUUGGCACUGUGCCUACGUUUUGCUUUACCGACCACGUCAACUUGAAGUUGAAGAUGACAACUGAAGAUUGCCAACACAGAACAAUGGAAUGACGUCUGUAACUACAACAAUUUAUGUUCCAUCUUGCGACAAAGCAAAUGUUGGACUGGAAUGUGAAAAGCUUAAAGCGUUUUGAAUCAAAGUUCA